AAAAUACAAUUAUUGCUACUGGGCGCUUACAGCAGAGCAGCUGAUUUGUUGUUGUUCAGUUUGCGAGUUAAGUAGGUACGUAAGUUGAUCAGAGUGCUUUUUGCUGUAGCGGAACAAAAUUGUGUGCGUUCAACACUUUACGCGACAAACAAAUUCGAUAGCUGCAGAAUUUGGUGGUGUAAACAGCUGUGCUUAAAACGUGGAUACAUUCCCAGCUGAGCGACUUGAAAGGUGCUUGCUUAGACAACACACGAUCUUCGGGGAUCUAGGCGGCUUUAUCAAAUUUGACGUUUAACUCUUGAGUCGAGAUUUUGCGGUAUCAUCCAGCAGUUUAUUCACAGAUUACAAAAAUGACGCCCAAAUUCCACAUUCCCUCGAUCAUCGGCAUCUUAACCACAGUUCUGAUACUGCUGCAAACGCCGUCGCUGGCAGAUGCCAAAAUUUUCACGAAAUGUGAUCUGGCCAAAGAACUGGGCAAAAACGGUAUUUCACGUACCUUCUACGGCCAUUGGAUUUGUUUGGCAAAUGCAGAAAGUGGCCUCGAUACCAGCAAAGUUUCGCCCCGAUUUCCGAACCAGUCCGCAAGCUACGGAAUUUUUCAAAUCAACAGCAAAGAAUGGUGCCGGGAGGGUCGCAAGGGUGGCAAAUGUAACAUGAAGUGUGAAGAUUUUCUGGACGAUAAAAUAACCGACGACAUCGACUGCGUGAAGAAGAUCCAGAUGCAGUAUGGGUUCAACGGUUGGCCAGUGUGGGUUAAAAAGUGCAAGGAUAAACCGGCCAACAUUCCGGAUAUUUCCAAGUGUACAAACGUUUGAAGCGUUCAAGGAUCGAAUAUCUGUACUGCUGGCUGAGUUCCUGAUCCAGGAUGCAUUUUCUUUAAUCAAUGAGUUCAGAAUAGCAAUUUAAGAUUUAUAUCAGGCUAUAAGUUCAAGCUCAAGCUUUAUGAAGGUCUCAGAGAGCUAUAGAAAACUGUCCAAUGUUACAGCUGUAACAUUACUAGUAAAUAGGUUCAUCAAGAUAAAAACUAUACAGAAAAUUUAUAGUUUGGAAUACAUAUCAAAAAUUUUGUAAACUAUGGUGCAAACUAGUUAGAUUCGAUUUCAAUACUGUAAGAUAUUCGUUCAUAAUAAUAACAAAUUUGCUAAAAACAAACAGAAACAUAGAACCUAAUUACUUAACCUGAAUUCAAAAUUUAAAUGAGUGAGUGAGUACAAAACCGACAUUGUUGAAGAGUCUAGUAUAAAUCGGUUUAAAGAUCCAAAAUAAAACCACUGAACUGAAACUGUUUUAUUUUAUAAAAGCUGCUUUUUUUGUCAGACCAUCAAGGUACUUGAUCUUUACCCUAAACUUAAGUUAUAGUGAGUUUUCAAAUAUAGGUUGAAUAAAAUAUAUGUAUCUUUUCAAAACCUUGAA